AUUACUUAUUGUUAGAAAGUUAACAAAUUUAAUUUCUAUAAAAAAUUAUUCCAAUUAAACCAAUCUUAUAAUCGACGUUUAUGAUGUUUGUGAUUUUAUCAUUCCCUUGAAUUACCAACCAAAUCUAAAUCUGAAUGAUGCGUAAAAACAUUACAUAUUUUAAUUCUUCAAAUUUGACGAAACGAUAUAUGAAUCGUUAUAGAUGCGUUGUCUUUUUAACCAUCACAGAAUCAAUUUGGGACUUCUCUUGAGUUUUCGCAUUAAACGGUAUUUACUUCUCGUUCGAUACGCAUAUUUCGUUUUUACUGCUUACAACGUUAUACAAUGAGAACUUUGUUACGUACACUGAAAGUGAAAACUACACAAUGUUAUUAGUAAUAUUGUUGGAAUUAAAUAAUUAAUGUUCUCAUUUUAAAUGAAAUAUAAAUUAGAAUAGAAUCAUAACUCGUAUAUUGUUUGAAUGCCUGAUACAAUUGCAAAAUCUAAAAAAUUAACAAUUCAUUGAAAAAAUGGUGUUUGUUGGCGAUAUAAAUUCAAUUUUUAGUACUGGUCUGCUGUUAGGAUGUACUGUACUUAUCGCUACAAAGGAUGAUAUAAAACCGAAAAGAUUUCGAAACAUAAUAUUCAUUGUAUUCUCGAUGAUUCUGUAUUUAAUUAGUCUCGUGGUAUUGCACGUUUAUGUAUUCUCGUAUGAAGAUUUGAAUUCGAAGAGUUUGGUAAUUGCAAUAACGAGAGCAAUGCUUUCUUAUUCGAGUUUAUUUAUAGAUGCUUCGUUAAUCACUUUGUGGAAUUGGAAGAUUUGAUCUAUUCUAUCGCAGUUACGUAAUUUUGAUCGAAGUAAAAAAUGCGAUUCUUCAAGAAGAAAUAAAUUGCGAAUAAUCUGUCACAUCACAGUGGUCAGUUUCUCGUGUUUCUCGUGUUGGGUGAUAGUUGCAUAUUUAACUUACAGAAUUGGACUCAGACUGCCAGUGUUUCGUGGGAUAAUAUAUUUCGUCAUGGAUGCUUCUGUCAAUACGCAAAUUCUAAUAUUCGUUUGCAUUUUGUUUCUUAUUGAGGAAAGGUUUCGUCAUCUUUGUAAUAUGAUGCCGUUUUCUAAAGCUGCAGUCGAUCCGUUUGCUUUAAUCUAUUUUCCCUCGUUCGUGUUCGACCUCCGGCAAAUAUGGUGGCUUCAUUGCUCUCUCGUAGAUGCGACCAAAAUGUUAAAUUCUGUAUAUGCGAUUUAAUUAUUGCUUUGGAUCACGGCUAUGUUUUUCAACUUGUUAUCAAGGAUUUAUUCGUUGAAAGUGCACAAAUUAUCGGUUCACUGGAAGAUCAGGGAAUCGAUGUUAGUGACUGAUUGCGCGUGGAAGCUUAUAUUGAUUAUUACCAUGUGUCAUAUGACAGCAAAUCAGGCGAAUCGUUUCGGUCAGCUUAUUUUCUCUCCGUACUCUUCCGUUUCUAUGAAACGCGUGUUUCUGCAGGAAAGCGUCGAGGCAGCGGCGUAUUUCCGUAUACGGAUUAUAUUGCGGGAUGUCCGUAUUGUAGCUAUUGCUGGCAUCAUAAGUGUCGAUCUUCCUUUUUUACUUUCGAUAUUCUCAGCAGUGACGACCUAUUUAGUCAUCCUUACUUGAAAUGUGCCGCGGGUGUCUCUAUGAUAAUCCUAUCGCCCGUUAAAGAAGCGAGAGAAGCAUAAAAUACAUGCAUGUAGCAUAAAUAAAAUGGUGUUAGAAAAACAAGCACGAAAUAGGGAACAUAAGAAAGGAACAUUAAUUUCGUGCGCUAUCUAUCUAUUGAUCUCAAAUGACACUAAAUGUCAAUAGAGGCGAUCGGUUUGCCGUAACAGAAUAUGCGUGAAACUUGCAUCAUCUUUUGUGAGUAAAUUUACUGGUUGCUUAACAAUGUCGAAACAAGCCUCUCAUCGAUAUAUUCGACGUUGAGUUAACCGUUCAAUCGUUCAAUAGUUCAAUAGUUCGUAUCCUUCUUCCAUAGAGGUUAGGGAUCAGUGGCUAAAGAUGAAAAGUGUAUCAGAUGCACGUUACGAACGAUUUGUGAUAAUUUGUAAUCUGUUGAGUGCCACCUUAUCAUUUUGAUAAAUUAAUUCUGUUAUUUACAAGAACAAAAAACGACUGAGUUUUAUAAAUUCUAUAACAGAUAGAUAAAGAUAAUAUUUGUUUUUAUUACCGCAUAGAUCAAAUAAAAAAGAUGUUCUAGGUUAGCAUCGUCGUUCUUAAAAAUACUGUCUAGCUUUAACUUGACAAUAAUUUUAUCAUAGCUAUCUCUUCUUAAACGGAGUUUAAGAGAU